AUACCCCCUCCUCCUUCACUUCUUUCUUCACCACCUACUUGUUCCCCAUUUUUUUAGCUUUCACUACUAUUCUAUUCUUUGAAAAUGGAAUUCGCUUCCCUGUUCAAGUUUUGUUUUUUUGCUUCCAUUUUCUUCAUCUUUCUCUUCCAUUCCCUCGUCAAGUUCUUCAAUUCCAGUCGCCGGAAACUGCCCCUCCCGCCGGGCUCCUUGGGUUGGCCUUACAUCGGCGAGACCUUUCAACUCUACUCUCAAGACCCAAAUGUCUUCUUUGCUGAAAAACAAAAGAGGUUUGGCUCUAUCUUCAAGACCCAUAUAUUGGGGUGUCCCUGCGUGAUGGUUUCAAGCCCAGAAGCUAUGAAAUUCGUGUUGGUCACCAAAGCUCAUCUCUUCAAGCCCACAUUUCCUGCAAGCAAAGAGAGAAUGUUGGGCAAACAAGCCAUCUUCUUUCACCAAGGAGACUACCAUGCCAAACUCAGGAAGCUUGUUCUCCGAGCCUUCCUGCCCCAAGCAAUCAAAAAUAUUGCCCCCAGUAUUGAAUCCAUUGCCAAAGAUUCUCUCCAAUCAAUGGAAGGCCGGUUGAUCAACACCUUCCAAGAAAUGAAGACAUUUACGUUCAAUGUUGCUCUGCUUUCCAUAUUUGGAAAGGAUGAAGUUCUUUACAGAGAGGAUUUGAAGCGAUGCUACUACAUCCUUGAGAAGGGGUACAAUUCAAUGCCCAUUAAACUUCCAGGGACACUCUUCAACAAAUCCAUGAAAGCAAGGAAGGAGCUUGCUCAAAUCUUGGCAAAAAUCCUCUCAGCCAGGAGGCAGAUGAAACUUGAUCACAAUGACUUACUUGGGUCAUUCAUGGGUGACAAAGAAGGCCUCACUGACGACCAGAUUGCCGACAACAUUAUCGGAGUCAUAUUCGCUGCUCGUGAUACCACCGCCAGCGUGCUCACAUGGAUCCUCAAGUACCUAGGCGAGAACCCCUCUGUUCUUAAGGCAGUCACUGAAGAGCAAGAAGAAGUUAUGAGGAGGAAAGAAGAGAAUGGUGAGGAGAAAACUCUCACUUGGGAAGACACAAGAAAAAUGACAAUCACUUCAAGGGUGAUUCAGGAGACACUUAGAGUUGCUUCAAUUUUAUCUUUUACUUUCAGAGAAGCGGUAGAAGAUGUUGAAUAUGAAGGUUAUCUUAUACCCAAAGGGUGGAAAGUUUUGCCACUUUUUAGAAAUAUUCACCAUAGCCCAGAGAUCUUCCCAGAGCCUGAGAAGUUUGAUCCCUCAAGAUUUGAGGUUACUCCAAAACCCAAUACAUUUGUGCCAUUUGGCAACGGGACCCACUCAUGUCCUGGGAAUGAGUUAGCCAAACUGGAAAUUUUAGUCCUUCUCCAUCAUCUGACCACAAAGUACAGGUGGUCUGUGAUAGGUACACAGAAUGGUAUUCAGUAUGGCCCCUUUGCUCUUCCCCAGAAUGGUUUGCCCAUUAGAUUAUCUCUGAAGAAAGAUGCGGCUACAUAAAGCUAGUCCCAAUUACAAUACAGACUUUCUACAUAAAGAAAGAAAGAAUUAAUUGCCUCACCAAAUUGGUUCCUAUUACUGAGAUAUAACGAAGAAGAUUGAAGAACAAGACCAUAAAGAAGCAAGUGAAGAAAGAGAAAACUCAUCUUCACUUACAUAAUUUAAGUGAAUAGAAAUUAACAAAUUUAAUUAUUUAAUUAAUAUAUACAUUAUGCAAAGGCAUAAUUGUAAGAUAGCAAGUAGCAACAGAGGCUGGACAUCACGCGCUGAAUUGCAGAGUGUUUAAAACAAGCUAAAAGCUGCAUAUGAUAUAAGCAAAUAAUAAGAGAAUAGUCGCCGUCGUA